CUGGCCCAUUGCGCGCUAUUUACUGAAAUUUCUACAUCAGCAAAUGACAGAGCCCAACUGCUGAAAUACAGUCAGAUAGCUUCAAUCAUGGGAUCUUCUGCCGUAUUUGUUGCCGAUUAUGUGUCAGAUAGUCAAAAUAAUUUUGUCGAUUUUCAAAUACUUUGCGUCAUUGUGGCAAUAAUAAGUUGCGUGGCCAUGUGUUAUGCUGGGCUCAAUGUGAAAGUGGACAAAAAAUAUGAACCAGUUAUGGACGAGAAAGGGGACAAAAAAAAUGGGCCUACAUCAGUGUCUUGGUGGUCACUAACCUUUCAAAUAUGCAUUACAGAAGAAUUUCGAAUGAUGUUGACUGUGCGGGAAAGAGGAACAUUAGUAAACAAAGACAACAUCAAAAGAAACAAGUUGAUAGCCAUCUUGAAACAAAUGUUUAGGGAUGUUGUUAAUAGCAUUCACCGCAUCAAAUGA